CAGGCUCGACCGAUUGGUCGUCCUCGGGCUCUAGAAUCUGAGGAGUGUUCCUACUCAUCUUCAGCGAUGGAAAGCCAAGACGAAAUCACGGUCGAGACCCCAGAACAGCCGCUCGAUGCCAGCUACGGGUCCUUCGCGCUCCCCGAUUGCAACUUCGAUGAGACAUGGGCAACAUUCUUUGCUGGCAGUGAUAUUGAUGCUCAACUCGUUGCUGAGAAUGAGUGUGUGACUUCACCUAUCGAGGUAUCGCUGUCACAGCAAGACGCUCCAAACACCUUCCUGAACGCGAGUAACCAACCUUUUCUUCAUCACGAUUUCAAGGCAAAUACAACGAUCCGACUCUCCCAAUUGAAUGAGAGCCUUGCAAGGCAGAUUUUACUACUGCAAUCUUUAUCUUGGAACCCAACUUCCGAUGUGCAUGCCUGUGUAGAGGUGGUAAAUGUAGCCGAAAAGAAUCCCAUGGUUCAGGCUUUACAAAGCGCAACAGAAUUUACAAAUGUCGUGGAAGACCUUAUCUCUAGCAUGAAACCCAAAACACCUACCACAGCGACGGAUGGCGCCUCUUCCGCAGAUAUGAUGGAGCCUAAGCAGGCAAGAUCUUCUGUCCUGGCAGCUCAGGGAUCUACCAGUUCUUCCAUCGACGCUCGCCAUGCUGCCGGCACUCCAGUUACUCUGCUGCUAAUUUCGAGCUACCUCCAAAUUGUUGAGCUCUUCAGCUGUAUGUUCGAUUUCGCCACUCGGGCUUUGAGAAGCUCACCAACUAUGACGAGUCUGUUGCAAUUCUCUCCAGACCUUCGCAUCUCCGGACUUCCUCCCAUGAAGGCCCAAUUAUACAUGAAGAUCAUGAUCCAGAUGGCUGAGCACUAUCUGCACCGUAUUCAAGGCCUUUUGUGUCUCCCACAAGAGAUGCUACUUUCUUCUAAAGCAAGCGCAGGACUGGGGCUAUUUGACACAGUGGAUUUGUUCAGCACACUCAACUUGGAUAUUCCAGAACAAAGCAGCCUCUCACUAAGAGAUAACCUAGAAACGCUGAAGAAGCUUCUUCCUGGCUAAGUACAUGUAUGAAACUAAAGCUGUCCGAUGACGCAAACAUUGUCAAUUUCAGUCCCUUUAUGAAGGAGAUAUCACAAAGAAUGUCUCGGGUGGUCACAACUCGAAUCCUCC